AUGAAGACAACCCAAGGGCGAAAGAAGAUUGAAAUAAAAAAGAUAGAGCAACUGAACAAUCGUCAAGUAACCUUCUCCAAGCGCCGAGGCGGACUCUUCAAGAAAGCCAGCGAGAUUUGCAUCUUGAGCGGUGCAGAAGUCGCCGUCAUCGUGUCCUCGCCAGGUGGUCGCGUGUUCUCCUUCGGGCACGAAAGCGUCGACGCCGUCAUCAACAAGUAUGUCCAUGGUGGUUCACCCUUCUCCUCUAAACAGCCCGCCAAAACUCAUCACCCUCCUCCCAUGAUGAAGCAUGAUGAGUUCAAUAACAAGUACAAUGAGAUUUCGAAGGGGUUGGAGGCGGAGAAGAAAAGAAGUGUGAUGAUUGAGGAGGCGAAGAGUGCCGGCAACGGUGGUGGGUUCUGGUGGGAUAGGGCGGUUGAUGAUAGCAUGGGUUUGGAGGAGAUGGAGCAGUACAUGGCGGCGUUGGAAGAGUUGAAGAGGAAGGUGGACAUUAGAGCUGAUGAAAUGAUGAUGAUGAAAGCUUCUUCUACCAUUCCCUUUACAUCCAUGCUUGCAACGGAUGAAGCUGAUCAUUCCAUUGGGUUGGGCCUAGACUACGGGUAUCCGGAGAUUUGUCCCGACUAA